UUUGAUACGCACAAGCGACUUUGACAUGAGUUGAAGAAAAAGGAAAGGGAAAAGACACAAAAUUGGAAAGAUUGAAAACCCAAAGGCCAAAAGUUAGGUGUUGCUAUCAAAACUCCUGAAGUAAGAGCAAGUCUAUGCUUUUGUGAAAGUUGAUACGAAAGUGAAAAACAAGGAGAGAGAAAAUGGAAAAUUGUGAAACAGUGAGUGAACAAGUGAUGUGCACAAAAUUAGAAUGACGUGAACUUGCAACAACCUUUGUCUUAAAUAUUUAUGCUUUCUGGGUUAAUCUCCAUUUAUUUUAUAGCUUAAUUUUUCCGCCAGUUAGUUCAUUCUUACACAGGAGUUUUUCAAUAACUCAAGAUAUUUUUUCUAGGUGAGUUGGAAUAGGAUUGAACUUUGAAGUAUUACUUAUGGUGUCAACUGGGCUGUUUCAUUGGUGGUCAAUGCUGAAUGGUGAUCGCGUUAUUGGGUUGUCUGGACUAAAUUGAAAAAGAAAUGCAGUGAAGUUUUGGCGAUUCAUGAUGUUGUGUAAGUGGUUUGUCCCCAUUGGUGCUAGGAAUUCGAGUCGUUGGCUACUGAAUGUAACCCUCACUUUGGUCAAAGAAAUAAGUAGAUAAAAGGAGGACAGGAAGUUGGAGGGUUUAUGGAGCAUCUGUUGCAGGUGGUAUGAUGCUGUCUGCUGUUGUUUCAUUGGCAUAUAAAGGCCAAUUGUUAUUUGAUUAUAAAAGCUUUAAAAUCUGUGUGAAAUCCAUUUCACGGGUGUUUGUCGAUGGCUUGACAUUAGAUGUGUGAGUGAGUGAGAUUUCUGUGUUAAAGGCCUAACUGGAGGAAAUCCAUCCUGAGAAGGCAUGUAAUAAAAUAUUCAUACAUGGGAAAGCAAAAUUGUUUCUCUUGUUUGGAAAUUUGUAUUAGUUCCCUCCAUACUUUUCUUCCCUAUGACGCUACCAAGUAGUUUCCCUUUGGCCUUUAGGUUCCCUAACCCGUUCUAUCAAGGAUCCUUCAUUCGAUGAUUUGGUUAGGUGUGACAUUAACCAAUCAAGCCAGAGAGAUUUAGGUCCUGAAGCAUCAGGUCUAGCUAUGUAUAAAAACCAAUUGCAAGAGUUAGCUCAACGCAGCUGUUUCAACCUGCCAUCUUAUGCCUGUAUCCGUGAAGGACCAGAUCACGCUCCACGCUUCAAGGCUACUGUUAACUUUAACGGAGAGAAAUUCGAAAGCCCAGCCUUCUUCUGUACUCUGAGGCAGGCUGAGCAUGCAGCUGCAGAAGUAGCUUUAAACACACUGGCAGAAAGAGGUCCAUCAAAAACACUUGCAGCUAAAGUUUUGGAUGAAACUGGAGUUUACAAGAACUUGCUUCAAGAAACUGCUCAUAGAGCUGGCCUGAACCUCCCUGCGUACACCACUAUCCGUUCUGGACCAGGACAUAUACCUAUUUUCUUAUGCACAGUUGAAUUAGCAGGAAUGACAUUCACAGGAGAGGUAGCUAAAACCAAGAAACAAGCUCAGAAAAAUGCAGCUCUGACUGCUUGGUCUGCCUUGAAACAAAUGUCUCAAAGCAGUUCAACUUCUUCUACCACUAGCUCCGGAAGUCUCGAAGAGCAGGAACAAGUUAUUGUUGCUCGAUUUCUUGCUAGCCUUAAUCCAGCAGAGUCGAGUAAUUCCCCACAAAAUAAUCAGCACAAGGGGAUUCAUAGGCCACCGGCAUCUACAACCUCAUUUCCAUCAACUCCGACUUCAUUCAGCAUCCAUUAUCCAAACUGGGUAUCUUCCAGUAUUUCUCCUGAAAUGGCAAGUCACCAUAUGUGGCUGCAGAAACAGGCAGCAGAGCAGCAGCGACGUCUUAUGGCACUUCCAGUUCCAAUCCCAUCCAUUCCUGUGCCCAAUCAAGUCCUCCCUUGGAUGCAUUCUAUGUUGCAGCCAAGUCAUCAUCCGUACUGCUUGACUGGGGAACAACAUCCCAUUCCUCUUACUCCUGGGAUCUCUAUGUGUACAGCCGAUUCUCCCUUCUACUUCUCAAACCACCUAGUGCCAGAUCCUACGGGGACUAGAUCUAUGGUUACUAUUCAAGAGAUACAAGAGGAAAAAUCUGUAGAUUCUUCAAAUUUAUCUCCAUCACUAACUCCUAAAGCUCGUGUUCACAGCAAUAAUAGUGCUGAAGUCGUGUUGACUGAGAAGCUUCAAAAAGAAGCCAAACAGGAAGACCUACCUCAAGCUAGAAAUAUCGCAUCAGCUUCAGUUCAAGUCCAAGAAAGAGCAUCAUCUGCUUCUGAAUCUUCAAGGCCACCAAACUUCAGAUUUAGCCAUGCUGCAACUUCAAGCCACCAUGGAAAUACAGGAAAGGCUUUGCCAACAGCCUCACAAGGUAUUCCAGUGGGACCCACCCAAAGAAGAUUUAGACACCCCGUCGGUGCUCCAAGAAUGCAAAGUGGCAUGGAUUCGUUUUCAGUGAGACCUAGGUUUGGACGAAUGCAAGCUGGGGGUUUCCGUUCAACAUUUACUGCACCUGCUGUACAAAUCAGGUCUGUUGUGCCGGUGUGUUCUGCAGCCCCGCCAAGAAGAAUGACAAGCUCGACUCAGGAGGGAGAAUCAAGUGAUGACAUGAGGAAUAGAAGUACUAGAGAUGUUUCUAUUGUUGGUUCUAAGUUGGGAAAUCUUCAAUUAUAGAAUAGUGGCAUAUAAUAGCAUAGGUAGUAUAGAUGCAAGUUAGAAUUGCUAUAAAUUUUGCAGUGUUAAAAUUGUAUUUAUGACGAUGAUUUACGAUGAAGUUGCAAUGGUCCAAAUAAAAGAAAGAAAUUCUACCC